AUGGUGUGUUUUAUCCUUGUAUAUCAAAAACGAUUGAAAUCGUUCAUAAGUGAUACAGAGUGUUAUACAAAUAGUUGUCUGGUUGAAUCUGACGUGAAAGAUAGAGAGAGAAAGAGAGAACAAAGAGAAGAAUUGUUCAUGGAGAAAAGCAAGUCAUUUCCUGAAUACUCUUGUUCUUAUACUGAAUUUGGAUUCAGAGAAAGGUCCAGCUCGUAUAACUUCAAUGGACCAAGUGAUAAAGGAAGUAGUUUUUCUGCAUCAAAUGAUUCAGAGAUUAAGAGAAAGAAGAGGAUCAAGUCCUAUAAUGUAUUGGCAGUGGAGGGAAAGCUUAAGAGUAGUGUAAGAAACAGUUUCAAGUGGAUCAAGAACAAGCUCAGCGAUGUUCGCUACGGUGUGUGA